GGAGGGCGGCUUGAGUUACUAGGAGGCUCCAGGCUGAAGGGGAAGGACGGCGCUCUCCUGCCCCUCGGAGCGAAGUCGAGGGGGCUCCCCGGGCGGCUCUGUGGAGGCGUUUCGCGCUUUUGACCCCUCCCAGUCGCCUUUAGGCCGCCUUUCCCUCCGCCACUCAGCGGCGAAGAGGCUUUUUGCCCUGAGGCGCGGAGAGACCCUUGGCUGAGUGCGAGCUGUUAUUCACAGUGAUACUGAAAUGGCAGGAAUCAAUUCACAAGCGAACAUCAAGGAAAAGAUCAAUGCAGUGCGGUCCAUUGUUCCGAACAAAAGCAACAAUGAAAUUGUCCUUGUGCUACAGCAGUUUGAUUACAAUGUAGACAAAGCUGUGCAAGCUUUUAUGGAUGGCAGUGCGCUUCAAGUUCUGAAAGAAUGGAAUAUGUCCGGGAAAAAGAAGGUAAGGAACAGCAAAAGGAAAAGAAGCAAAUCUAAACAGCAUCACUACAGCAAAGAUAUGAAAGAUAAAGAUGAGGAGGCAGAGAAAGUGUCUCUGGAAUCCCAAGAGCUGCAUCGCUGCCAUCUGAAUUGCUGUGAUAAGGAAGCAUUUCCCAGCAAAUCUGCUAGUGAAAAAUCUAAAGUGGUUCUCCAAGAAGAGAAGAGUUUGGAGUACAAGCUUAUGGGAGAGGCAAAACCAGAAAUCACAGGACAAAAGGCAGAACUCAAGAAAAUGCUUCUAGAGGCUGAUAGAAAAUAUGAAAAUAGCACAGAGCUCCCAGAUAUGUCACUGUCCUCUCGACCCCAGUGCAAUGUAGGCAGGCCGAAGUCAAAAACACCCACGGUUAAGUCACCUUUGUCUGGAUCCCAUCUUGAAAUAAAACCAGAAGAUUCAUUGAAGAAAAAAGGUCCAAAUAUUGAGAAAUCAGUUAAAGAUCUUCAACGCUGCACUGUUUCGCUAACAAGAUACCGGAUGAUGAUUAAGGAGGAAGUGGAUAAUUCAGUAAAGAAGAUCAAAUCUGCCUUUGCUGAAUUACAUAGCUGUAUCAUUGACAGAGAGGUGGCUUUAAUGGCAGAAGUUGAUAAAGUUAAAGAAGAAGCCAUGGAAAUCUUAACUGCUCGUCAAAAAAAAGCCGAAGAAUUGAAGAGGCUAACAGAUUUGGCAAGUCAGAUGUCAGAGACACAGUUGGCCGAACUCAGGGCGGAAAUUAAGCACUUUGUAAGUGAACGGAAAUAUGACGAAGAGCUGGGUAGAUCUGCCCGCUUUUCCUGUGACAUUGAACAGUUGAAGACUCAGAUUCAACAGUGUGGAGAAAUUUCUCAACCAAAGAACAAUUAUUCCUCAAGAGCACUAUCCAGCACACUACUGCAGGCAGCCGCGUUGUAUGCAACACCUCGCAUUCAAAGCACAUCCUCCCGAAAAUCUUCUAGUCGUGUGAAGACUCCUGAUGUUAAAGCGCCAGUGGCCAAAGUCUCUAGCCAAGUGGUUGUCAGUACCACAGAAUCUUCCCCUCAGAUAGUAUCAACAAACAAGCAGAAUGGAUUUUCCAGUCAGAGACGAAGAUUUCACGCACAGUAUUAUGGCGUCCGGCUCAACGGAUCUCUUAAGCCUCAAAAUGCCAGCACCGAGACAGACCAGAACAGUGCCAAGAGUAAUUCCCGACAUGAAUACAGAAGGCAGCACCACAACAGUUUCAGGCCAAAAAAUAAAGGUGUUAUUAAAACCUUAGAGCAAUCUGCACCAGCAAAAAGCGUGGAUAAUCUCACCUGCCCGGAAAAAAAGCAUCCAAAGCAUCCUGUGCCAGGCCCCACAGAGGCCAGAGCUUUAUGCAGUAACAUUCCAAGGGUUUCCCCGUGCAAUUUAUGUCCUCCAAGGAUAGAGACCUCCACAGACGCUCCUGUCCUUUCAGUGCCAGCUGUGACUUUGGUAGCAUGAAGAAUGGGAGAAACUGGCAAGCAUAAUGCGUUUUCAUCAUAGUUUCUCACUUGAAGGUGCUCCCGUACCUGACAAUCCUUGCAAAAAUGGCUUUUGAAAAAUAUACAAUCAUGAUAAACCCAGCUGGUUUUAUUUUCUUUAACCAUCAUUGUCAUAUCUUGUUUCGUAUUUUGAAGUCUUUCCUCAGUGUACUCAAAUUUAUUUUUUUCCCCAAACCAAUGCAACUUUUCGUUAGUCAGUUCUUAGCAAAACAAUCAAAUGGGUGUUAAACACUUAAGCUGCAGGAGGAUGUCAACAUAGAUAUAAUGUAGUUGUUGCUGUACAAAAUUUGUCAUUUAUCAGUCAGUAUUAGAAGGGAAAAUGCUGAGACAUCCAUAUUGUUGGCCUGCGCUCAAAAUCCUUAAGUGCAUACAGAAACUGUUCUCAACUCUCUGUCCAAAGUAUAUGGAACCUAAAUAAUUAGUCCAAAACAAUCAUCUUAAGUUCUGUUUGACGUGACCUCAUUUUAUAACCCAAGUGAUCCUCAACAUUGGUCAUGAAGUCCAGCUAAUAAGUAAUGUGUUCAUAUUUUCCCUGUGCUGUACAAUUGGAUUAAAUGCUGGUUUUUGAAUUUGGAAUUUAUAUAGUUAAUGCAGUCCAGUUUUCUAGCCUUGUGACUUCCUUUUCUGUGACUUGAAUUCAUUUUUGUAGAUUAAAAAUGAGAGAUGUUUUACUAACAGAUUCAAGCAAUCGUUUACCACAAGGGACUUUCCCCUUCUUUAAAGUUCUGUCAGUCAGAAGUUGAGUUGAUUUGAAUAGGCUUAAAUACAUCUAGCUCUUUCAAAUGAGUUAAAUGUACCUGCCCUGCCCUGGAUGGCCCGGGAUAGUCCAAUUUUGUCAGAUCUCAGAAGUUAGGCAGGGUUGCCCCUGGUUAAUGCUUGGAUGGGAGACCACCAGGUUGUGAUGCAGAGGCAAACAGUGGCAAAUAUCCUGUUAUUUUCUUGCCCUGAAAGCCUACAGGGUCACCCAAAGUCAUCUGCAACUUGACUACAAUUUCCACCCCCAAAUAUAUCUAAGCUCACUACAUUUGGUACACUACAUUAGAGCUGAGACUAUAGAAUUUAAAAUAUACCUAAGCUCAUACAAAAUUCCAGAUUUAUACUUUAAAAUGAGCUAAGUUUAAAUGGCUUGGUAAGUGUACUUCGGAAAAGUUGUUCCUUUUUAUAAAAUAAAAAUUAUUUUACAAAA